ACGCCUAUGUGUGAGGUCAAAAUGAUAAUUCAACUUUAUCCACAUGCUAUUAUACCAUUUUAUCGUUUUUUAUUUUAACUGCAAGACUCGAACACGACACUGAAAAUGUUUUCUAAACCAACAAUAGUUUUAAAACAAUUUUUAUUAACAAAUCAAUUAUGCAAAUUGUCAACCAAUACCCUUAAGUCAAAUAUAGAUGUACAUUCAACACAGUUUAUGGAAAAUAGAGAACGUAUGAUCGAGCUUGUGAAUACUCUCAGAUCCAAAACUGAAAAAGUUUUGAAAGGUGGCGGUGAUAAAUAUGUUAAAAAGCACGUUUCUAAAGGUAAACUAUUCGUUAGAGAUAGAAUUAAAUUGCUUUUAGAUAAAACCAGUGCUUUUUUGGAACUAUCCGCGCUUGCUGCAAAUAAUAUGUAUGGCGAUAAUAUUAACUCUGCAGGAAUAGUUACUGGAAUUGGAAAAGUUAGUGGGAGAGACUGCAUGAUCGUAGCAAACGACGCAACAGUUAAAGGCGGAACUUACUAUCCGAUAACUGUAAAAAAGCAUCUAAGAGCACAGGAAAUUGCAGAAGAAAAUAAUUUACCAUGUUUAUAUUUGGUCGACAGUGGUGGAGCUAAUUUACCCCAUCAAUCAGAUGUAUUUCCCGAUAAAAAUCAUUUUGGUAGAAUAUUCUUUAAUCAGGCUAACAUGUCUUCCAAACAGAUAGCACAGAUAGCAGUAGUAAUGGGUUCCUGUACAGCAGGUGGGGCUUAUGUACCAGCAAUGGCAGAUGAAUCGGUGAUAGUUAAACAACAAGGGACUAUCUUUUUGGCUGGACCUCCUUUAGUAAAAGCAGCAACUGGAGAGGAGGUUUCUGCUGAGGAUUUGGGAGGUGCAGAUCUACACUGUACAACUUCUGGAGUUACUGAUCACUAUGCUCUUAACGAUGAACACGCCAUUGAUAUAGCAAGAAAAAUAGUAAAUAAUCUAUCUUAUAAACCUCCCGUUACUUUUGACGAAUCGUUUCAAGAUCCUUUGUACAAUCCUGAAGAUCUUUACGGUAUCAUAGAUACGGAUUUGAAAAAACCCUUCGAUAUAAGAGAAAUUAUUUUACGAGUGUUUGAUGGAUCGAAAUUUGAUGAAUUUAAGAAAAAAUAUGGUGAUACUUUGGUGUGUGGAUUCGCAGGAUUGUAUGGAAAAACAGUGGGAGUAAUAGGAAAUAAUGGAGUGUUAUUUUCUGAAAGUGCUAUGAAGGGAGCACAUUUUGUUCAAUUGUGUACCCAAAGGAAAAUUCCCAUUAUAUUUUUACAGAAUAUUACAGGUUUUAUGGUGGGUCGACAAGCAGAAAUGGGUGGUAUAGCCAAAAAUGGAGCCAAACUAGUAACAGCAGUUUCUUGUGCUAAAGUUCCAAAAAUCACAGUAAUAAUCGGGGGAUCCUAUGGAGCUGGUAAUUAUGGUAUGUGUGGAAGGGCAUAUUCUCCUCGAUUCCUUUACAUGUGGCCCAAUGCAAAGAUAGGAGUGAUGGGAGGUGAACAAGCUGCUGGAGUACUAUCUCAAAUUGCCAGUUAUGGAAAAGAUUGGACUGAAGAACAAAAAAAAACUUUUGAAAAGCCCAUUUUAGAAAAAUUUGAAAAUGAAGCUUCACCUUAUUUUAGCACUGCAAGGCUUUGGGAUGAUGGAAUCAUAGAUCCAAAGGAUACAAGAAAAAUUUUGGGUUUAAGUCUAGCAGCUACUUUAAAUAAAGAUAUUCCAGAUACUAAAUUUGGUAUUUUUAGAAUGUAAAUUUUUUUUAGAUGCAAAACAAUAUAUUUUUAAACCAAA